AAUGGAUAGACAGAAGACAGAAGAACAUUGGACUGGGGAUUCAUAUUCGUUCUCUAAUUUCAAUAAUAUUCCAUCGGAAAUUUUUAUUGAAAUAUGCAAGAAUAUCACUCCAUUGGAUCUAGCUAAACUAAGUUUGGUGUGCCAAUCUUUUUGGCACUGCCUUUCUUCACGCACAUCUAGCACAACUCAAAUGAUUUGGCGCUUUUCACGUGAGCAGUUUUUAUGUCAUCCCAAAUUACCACCACCUGCAGAUAUGUGUGAACAAGAUUAUAUUAGUCUUGUUCUCUAUAAUAAAUGUCAUUUCUGCAAGAAUGGAAAUUCGCUAAUUGCCUGGGUCUUCCGUAAACGAUUUUGUAAACUAUGUUUGAAAGAAAGAACAAUUUGUUAUGAUAAUUUCGAUGAAGCAUGGAAAAAAAUUCCAUUAAAAGCAAUUCGUGGACUUAGAUAUAAUAAGAUGUAUAGCAAAAUUCCUUAUACUGAAAAGUAUGAAUUACAUCGAUACUACCUGAUUGAAGACAUCAAAACUCUUUAUGAUGAAUUCAUAGUCCUUGUCCUCCAAAAUAAAGACAAAGAUUUUAUUGCAUCAUGGGAAUUGGAUAAACAAAUGAAAGGCAACAUUUAUAUGGAAGAAAUCAGCAAAUAUUCAAAAGAGCAAUCGUCGGUCCAAUCAACUAUUUUACGUAGUAAUAUGAUCAAAUUGGGAAAUAUCCUGGAUUCUUUGAUGGAAGAAAGAUCAAUUGAUGACAAUCGCCCAAAGUAUGAUCUGGAUAUUUUAUAUGAUUGUCUUGAUGCAAAAAACGCGUUUUCAACCACUGAUCAAUUGCUUUUGAAUGAGAAAGAAUUCAAAAUUAUGAGGGAAUCUUUAAUUGCAAUGUAUCCAGAAAUCAAGAAAAAGCGUAAUAAGAAAAGGCGUAGUAAGAAAGGUGCUAAAAAAAUUCGUGCGAAUCAGAAUGUAAUUAGUGAUAUUAGUGAUAUUAAUGAGAUUAGUGAGAAUAUUGAAUAG